AUGUCGUCAGAUGGAGAAUUUACCAGAACUCAGAUUUUUGGUACCGUAUUUGAAAUAACCAACAGAUACACCGACUUAAACCCCGUUGGUAUGGGUGCUUUUGGUUUGGUUUGUUCUGCUGUUGACAAAUUGACUGGGCAAAAUGUUGCCGUUAAAAAGAUUAUGAAGCCGUUUUCUACAUCAGUUUUGGCGAAAAGAACUUAUAGAGAAUUGAAGUUGUUGAAGCAUUUGAGGCACGAAAAUUUGAUAACCUUGGAUGAUAUAUUCAUUUCCCCCUUGGAAGAUAUUUACUUUGUUAACGAGUUGCAAGGUACUGAUUUACAUCGAUUGUUGACUUCGAGACCAUUGGAGAAACAAUUUAUACAAUACUUUACGUACCAGAUAUUGAGAGGUAUGAAGUAUAUACAUUCUGCAGGAGUUAUUCAUCGUGAUUUGAAACCAUCGAAUAUUUUAAUCAAUGAAAAUUGUGAUUUGAAAAUUUGUGAUUUUGGUUUGGCUAGAAUUCAAGACCCUCAAAUGACUGGUUAUGUGUCCACCAGGUACUACCGUGCACCUGAAAUUAUGUUGACUUGGCAAAAAUACGAUACUGAGGUUGAUAUUUGGUCUGUUGGUUGUAUAUUAUCUGAGAUGAUUGAAGGGAAACCUUUGUUUCCAGGGAAAGAUCAUGUUCAUCAAUUCUCCAUCAUAACGGAAUUAUUGGGAAGUCCCCCGGCUGAUGUGAUUGACACUAUUUGCUCUGAAAACACAUUGAGAUUUGUACAAUCAUUACCACACAGAGAUCCCAUCCCAUUUAGUGAAAGGUUUGCCUCUUGCACACACGUUGAGCCCGAAGCUAUUGACUUAUUAUCCAAAAUGUUGGUAUUUGAUCCAAAAAAGAGAAUUAGCGCCGCUGAGGCUUUGACUCACCCAUACAUGGAACCAUAUCACGACCCCACUGAUGAGCCUGUUUGUGAAACAAAGUUCGAUUGGAGCUUCAAUGAUGCAGACUUGCCGGUUGAUAACUGGAGGGUGAUGAUGUACAGGGAAAUCUUAGAUUUCCAUCAAAGUAUUGGAGUUGGUGGUAGUGGUCUCGAUUAUCAACAACAACAAGUUGCUGACGCGGAUGGAAACACCGAUAAGUUGGAGGAAUUGAAUAGGCAACAGCAACAGCAACAGCAACAGCAACAGCAACAGCAAUAUGUUCAAGAGCAACAAACUUAG